AGCACCACGUGACUUCAAAGAACAUCCGCCGAAGGCAUUUGCAAGAAAUCGUCUAUGUUACUGAGGGAUGUUGACUGACAGUUUAAACAUGCCUAACUAUGCGCUAAUUAAAACGAAGCAAUAAUUAGCCUUAAUUUUCCGUAAAAACCGUGAACGGAAGUCUUUUGCACCUGUCAUGUCACUUUUUAGUGCGACAAGUAACUUCACUCGAAAUGAUGCGACAGCUUUACGGUUAUUUCGAAAAAGUGAGAGCUCCGAUGAUGAAGAGAAAAGGUCGAAAAGGAGAGAAAAAAACCGAGUUGCUGCACAGAGGAGCCGCAAAAGACAAACCCAGAGAGCUGAUGAGUUGCAUGAGGCAUAUGAAUGUCUGGAACAGGAGAACAGCCUGCUGAGGAAGGAAGUCCAGCUUUUGUUAGAGGAACAGCAACGCUUGACAGAUGCCCUCAAAGCCCACGAGCCUUUGUGCCCUGUCUUCAAGGUCGGCUGGCACGAUGUCGCCUGAGUUCAUGUCUAGAUAGAGACGCUCACACCUGAAGCUCACAAUGUCCGACUUUCCAUUUGAGGUUAAGUUAAGCAUACUUGUAAUCAUGCAAAGGAUGCAAGUUUUAGUUUUUUAUUCCGAAAGUAUUAACGUUUGAGUUCAGCGUGCAGUGUUUUCUGUCAACAUACAAGCGAAUUAUUAAGUCAUGCUUGAAAUUGCAUUGUAAUGUUCGGAUUACAGGAUCUUUGUAGUCGUACGUUUGUUUUCCCAGGGUCACCCCUCACAUGAAUACAUCCACUAUUUACUUUGAUAGAGUCAAUAACCACUAACUUAACCACCUGCUAUACCACAGUUAGUUGGCUGUGAAUGAAACGACAUGCGACAAUGGACUUCUGCUUUAUGAGAGCCAAUCUGACCAAAAUACCAGAGGUUAGUUUCGAAACUCCGUGACAGCAGGUUUGCGUCUGCAUUACAUUAUUAAUUGCUGUUUAAAAAUAGCUUAAUUCAGAUGUUGGUGUUAUUUUUCUGUCUUGCUUAAUCAUGAUUUGUCGCUGGAGUGCAUUGUAAGUAUUCGAAAAAUAAACCAUUAUUUUUUACAAAUCGCCCUGUUUAUUCAAUCUGUGAAAUACGGUACUUACUCAAAUUGAAAUAGUCAUACAA